CCAUCGCAGAAUAUGAAAAGCUUGAUGUCGCAGACAAUUCCGAUGAUGAUCGCAAAAUCCGGCGCGCAGAGGAGCGUGCUAAAAAGAAGCUUGAAAGUAAAAAAUCUGUUAACAUGUCUUCUGAUACUUUUCGUUCCUCAACCUUUAAAAGCAGGUUCAGCAGAUCGUCCAUGGACAAGCAGCCCUUGGGAAAGCGCACCUUCGAUCGCAACUUCCAGCGUGAAGUCGUCUGCUACAGAUGCGGGCAAUUGGGGCAUUUUGCAAACGGAUGUGCCAGUGGAUAUCCAGAACCCGUCGGCAAUGCCAGACAGGGACCAGUGGCUACCUCAGAUUCAGCACAGUCAAGUAAUUCCGAACUUACCACCAAACAGUAAACCAGACGACUUUUCAACAGAUGAUAAGACUUUUUAAAUCCAACAGAUGGGAUGAUGUUAUGGAUAAAUGUAGUAAUCCGGCUCUGCCCUCUUGGAUGUUUUCAGAAGUGAAAGAAGCUGUUUUAUCGAGCAAGGAAAAGUCUACCGUAUGUCAGUAUAAGAACUGCUUUAGUAAAUUCGUAUCAUGGUGCAAAAAAUGUAAAUUUUCAUCCCUUCCGGCUUCACCGGUCACGGUAGCUUUAUAUUUAGUAUCUGUUAUGCAAAAUACAAAUACUUCUUGCAGCAAAUCUAAAUUGAACUCAAUUUUCUACGCUAUAAAAUGGGCACAUUUACUUAAUGGCGAAAUUUCUAAUCCUUCUUCUGAUGAAUGGCUUAAACUUUGUUUAGAAGGCUGCUUGAGGAAAGUUUCUAAACCUCUCAUCAAAAAAGAACCUAUAACUGUCGAAAUUUUAUCGACUUUAGUAAAUAAAUUCGCUUCUGAAAAUUGCACGCUGGCAGAUUUGAGGCUUAUUACACUUUUUGUCAUUUCAUUUGCUGGUUUUCUUAGAAUCAGUGAAGCUUUAAAUUUAAAAGCAUGUAACAUUCAAUUUUUUGAUAAUUAUUGUUCUAUCAAAAUUGAAAAAUCAAAGACAGAUAUAUACAGAGAUGGUCAGCAUGUAGUUUUGGCACGGACAGGAAAUAUCACGUGUCCUGUAACUUUAUUGGAUAGAUACUUUUGUGCAGCUUGUUUAAUUAAGGGCUCUGGUCAGUAUCUUUUCAGAGCAGUUCAGUUUUGUAGUAGUACUAAACAGUUUGUAUUACGUAAAGCUAAUAAGCCAUUAUCUUAUUCUAGAGUCAGAGAAUUAUUUAUUGAAAAACUAAAUCAGCUUGGGUUAGAUCAUAAGUUAUUCGGACUUCAUUCAUUUCGUUCUGGUGGCGCAACUUUUAGUGCAAAUUCCGGAACAAAAGACCGUCUUUGGAAAAGACAUGGUAGAUGGCGAUCUGAAACCGCAAAAGACGGUUAUAUUAAAGACUCAUUGCAGGAUAGACUUUCAGUAACCUUAAAUUUAAAUCUUUGAACUUGUUUCAGUGAUAUUCUACGUUUUAAUUUCGUAGACAGU